GCGCGGGGAUUAACGGUUUCCCCUCUUGAAUUUGCUUCGUGUCGCGUUCAUUCAUUUUCAUCUUCUCCCUCCGUCUCUCCCGUACAGAAUAUCUCCGAUAGUCCUGUGCAAUUCUUAGAGUCCUUCCCGGCCAAAGAGCUAUGAAUUUCUGCAUUGCAUUUUCUCUGUUCGUCGUCGCCGUUUUCAGUUUCGGCGGUUGCGCAGCUCUGAAGCAAGGAGAAACGUGCGUCUCGGACAGUAGGUGUGAUACCGGCCUGCAUUGCGAGACGUGUAUUGCGGUAGGCGAUUUUGCGCCUAGGUGUACUCGCAGUCAACCUCUGAAUCCGUUCUCUAAGGUCAAGGGAUUGCCGUUUAAUCGGUACUCAUGGUUGACGACACACAGUUCAAUUGCCAAAGUAGGGGUGAAAUCAGGCACGGGAGGCAUCCUAAUGACUACUACAACCCAGCAGGACAGCAUUACUGAACAGCUCAAUAAUGGCGUUAGGGGUUUGAUGCUUGAUAUGUAUGACUUCAACAAUGACAUUUGGCUAUGCCAUUCAUAUGGUGGAAAAUGCUACAACUACACAGCUUUUCAACCUGCAAUAAAUGUCCUGAAAGAGAUUCAAGUGUUUCUUAAAGCAAACCCUUCAGAAAUUGUCACUAUCAUGAUUGAAGAUUACGUUGCAACACCAAAUGGAAUAACUAAGGUUUUUAACGCAGCUGGCCUGGGAGAGUUCUGGUUUCCAGUAUCUCAGAUGCCUAAAAGUGGUGGUGAAUGGCCAACAGUUGAUGAAAUGAUUGAAAAGAAUAAACGGCUACUGGUUUUCACUUCAAAGUCUGCUAAAGAAUCUUCUGAAGGCAUCGCUUAUGAAUGGGCAUACUUAGUCGAAAACAAAUAUGGAGACGACGGGAUGAUAAAUGGAUCAUGUACCAAACGUGCAGAAUCAUCUCCCUUGAACACACGAACAAGGUCACUAGUUCUUAUGAACUAUUUUCCAAGUGGGCCAGAUCUUGCCCAAGCUUGCAAACAUAAUUCAAAACCAUUAAAGAGUAUGAUGUAUACAUGUUUUGAAGCUGCUGGCAAAAAAUGGCCCAAUUUCAUUGCUGUUGAUUUUUAUAAGAGAAGUGAUGGAGGGGGAGCCUCUGAAGCUGUUGACGAGGCAAAUGGCCAUCUAAUAUGUGGUUGCACAAACAUCGCAUAUUGCAAGGAGAAUAUGACUUUUGGAACCUGUGAGCCGUCCCAACCAACCAAUUCUCCAGCAGCAAUGGCAGGUAGACAAGGAACAAGCGUCACAAAUUCGGGCAGCAGGUCAUCAGUUCAAUUGCCAUUUGCUGCUUGGAAUGUGGUUAUUGGCUUUUUCCUUGUGUCAGAUAUCCCUGCUUUUGCCAUAGAUGUGUAUAUAGCUUUAGAGAUGCAUGAUCAUAAAGAAAGUUAUAUUUGGCUCAUGGAACUAUUGAAGGGUGUAAGCUUGCUACGUUUUAAAAUCUCACUGCUUUUUCAUUGUUUGAGAAUGAAAAUUCAGAGUUGAAUCAAAUCAUAGUAGGUGUUUGAGCUCUUCUGUAUUCUUUUUUUUUUUUUUUUUUUUUUUUUUGUUUCAUUGUACAAUAGCAAGUUGUCCACUUGUUGUCUUGUUCCUUUGGACCCUAUAUUUCCUAUUAGAAUUCCAAGUGGAGUCUCCAACCACUAGCUGCCAUCCACUUUGAAUGAUUUCUUUGAUAUGUAUGUUGACUGAGUGACUGCCAUACAUUUUCUUCAAACCUCAUUUUUGUUAGAAAGAGCAAAGUGCCCAAAGUGUUGAUAGUAUUGGCCACUUCAUAUGGUAGAUAAAAGAAGAAACACUGUUCAGUUUUAGGCCACU